GUCGAGCUGCGCUGCCCAGAGGUGCACGUCCCGCCGAUCCACGUGGAGUGCUUGUCGGAGGGCAAGGGCGUCAUCGGACACCUGGCUUACCUGCUCGCAGGGCUCACCCUUUUCGGAGCGGGCUGGCUCUGUGGUGCGCUGGUGGCCAUACCCACGUGGUUGUGCUCCAGGAGGCUCGUCGCCAUGGCGAGAGUAGGUGAUGUGCUGCUGGUCAAGUACAAUGUUGCGGGGCCCGACCUCUGGCAUGAGAGGAUAGUGCUGGCGGUCCAUCCCACCGAGGCAGGGCACUAUUAUAUGCUGACCCCGGACGGGGACGCGUACAUCGAGGAUUGCUCGCCCGCCUCCGAUGACGUCGAGAGGAUCCGAGGAGCUGCUGGUCUUGGGGAUACCCCGCCCGCGCUGCAGGGUGCGCCCAUCUACCGUUUCAGGGACGUGCCGACAGUGGAUGACUUGCGCCAGCAGGUCCUCGACGCGGCGCUGGCUCUCGGUCUCGCGGUUCCUGGCGAGAUACCGCGGGUGCGCCGAGUGGGGGGAGAAGACCUGGUGCCUCGAGCGGGGCCGCCGCCCCCCCAGGGGCUGGCCGACCCCCGGCCCCCCGGGCAGGGGGUCCAGGCGGCGGGCAUCGCCGUGCCGGCCCCUCGAGCGGACCUCGUGUGGGUAGCUGCUGAGGACGCCGAGGACCUGGCAAAGGGCACUGAGGUUGAAGUCACGGUGGACACCAUCUCUGCGGGUGACAGGGCCAUCAUGCCAUGGAAGGGAGGCUACGUCGCGCUGCGGCAGUUGACUCGCCCCGAGGUGUAUCGCUUCACCUACGAUGACCUGCGAGUGCAGCCCGUGCAGUUCGAUUCGAGCGGAGCACGCAGGGUCACGUUCAGCGAGGGGGUGCAGCGGCAGGAUGACACGUUGCCCGCGGGUGGACUUGACCUGCAGGGCCCUCGUACGGCUUCCUGGUUCUGCCGCCACGUGGCAGAGAACGGACCGACGCCCCAGGCGGCCCAUGAAGCUUGGCUCCGCAAGGCCAGGCCUACUUGCACAUCCUUGUACAAAGACCGCGAAGCCCUACAGGCGCUUUGUGGAUCGGAGUUCUCCUAUGCUGGGGGGGAUUCCAGUUGCAGCGUGGAGCCGUAUGAUCGAGGCCGGGUCUCGAUGCCAGCUGCGGGGGCCUCGCCUCCGUGGCUUACGGACGUCAUCGACGACUCCGGCAGAGGCGUAGUCGACGGCUUCACCACCGCGAUGCUCCGCUCGCCCGUCGAGAUGGGAGCCAUCAUGGACCAGCAGGCACAUAUUAAGCCCUACAUGGACGUGAGGCUCAAGAGGGACAGGUUGCUAUACUACCAGUUCGUCCGCGACCUAUUCGAGUCCAACCUCGUGGAUUUCGGGACGGACGCUUUCGAGACCGUCUACCCAUUCUUCGUACGCAAGAAGUCGGGCAAGCAGCGGCUCGUGUGGGACUGCCGGGUGGCCAACAUCCGUUGGCGCAGUCCGCCCAAGAUCCGCAUGGCGAGUGGCUCGGCGUUCGCAGGUUUGCAGAUCCCGACGGAGCUGCAGGAGCACGGCAUGUGGGGUGCUGGUUCCGAUAUCGCGGACUACUUCUUUUGGCUCGCCAUGCCGCCUGACCUGCGGCCCUUCUUUGCGCUGCCGCCUGUGCCAGGCGCUCUGUUGCUCGAGUGGGGUGUCCCCGCUGCUUUGGGCGGGGCGCUCCAUGGCCUUUUGGAGGUCAGACCUCGCCUUCGCUCCGUGCCGAUGGGCUGGACUUGGGCGAUGUGGCUGGCGCAGCGUGUCCACAUACAUCAGAUCUGUCUAGCGUUGCCCUGGGCGCCCUCGAGACUCAUGGAGGAGGGGGCCCCUGUUCCUGAAUGGCGCUCGGAUCUCCCGGUUCUGAAUGUGUAUUGUGACAACCUAAUGGUUCUUGCGACGUGCCCCAAACUGGCGAGGGAGACUCGGGAUGCCGUCAUUGUCCAGCUCGUCAAGUCAGGCUUUGUUGUUCACGAGGUCUUCGGUCCUGUUAGGCAGUUCACCGCUCUGGGUUACUAUAUCGACGGGGGCGCUAUGAAGGUCUGGGUCGAUCCGAUGCGCAGGGAGCGAAUUGCCGCCGCUGCCCGAGCUCUGGCGCGACGGCCUCGGAUUACAGGUUUGGCGCUGAGUCGGUUCAUCGGUCAUUGCAUUGCCGCCUUUCUCAUCUUCCGCCCGGGCCUCUCGGUAUUUAGGCGCAUGUAUGACUUCGCUGCUAAGUUGGGGGCCGCUCCAGGACGUCUCUGGACUGAGGCCGCUCACGAGGCUCGUCAGAUAUCGUAUCUCAUCCAGGUCACCAUGUCGGAUCUCUGCCUGGAGUGGUCGGAGAGGGUCCUCGCUACCGAUGCGUGCCUGUCGGGGUUUGCCGUUGCUGCUACGCGUUGGCCUCAGGAGGUCAUCAAGGAGUACGGGUCUGUCCGAGAGAAAUGGAGGUACCGGAGUCGUCUGCCGUCUGCGACUGCACCUCGCGAUGCUGCCCUGCCUGCCUUCGGCGACCCUUUCAGUGACAUCAACACCGUAAAGACCAUCGCCGAGCCGAAAGCUAUUUCGACGUACGAGCCGAACCCCGAUUUCGCCGAGAUCGACCCGCGAUACCUCGGCAAGGAAGACUGGAAGUUGCAGUAUGCCUCAAGGCGACACCUCUUACUUGGGGACAAUCUGGGGACGGUGCUGGCCAUGGAGAAGGGCAGGUCGUCGUCUUUCUCUCUCAACAAGUCAUGCCGUAAGACCGCAGCCUUUUCAGUGGCUUCGGGGUCGCGCUACGUGUACCGCUGGAUCCCCUCAGAGAGCAACCGUGCCGACGAGGGCUCCCGCCUCUGGGAGCCGCGCCGGCGCUCCGCCUGUGCAGCGGACCCUCCGCCCGGCGCAGGGGCCACCAUCUCGCUCGCGGAGUGGCUGGAGCUGGACGAAGAGGCCGUGGAGGGGCGGGGCACCUUCCUCGAGUCCAGUUCGGUGAGCACCAAGACGUGCAAGGAUUACGAUCAGCGCCACUCGGAUUUCCAGGAGUGGAUCGCUCAGAACCGGCUGUCGAUCAAGUUGGAGAGGCAGCCCGACCUCGUGCUCACGGACUACAUCAACCACAUGUGGUCGACGGGGCACGACGUCUCGGAGGGAUCGAAGGUGCUGGCUGCGUACAUGUACUUCUACCCCGACUACUCGAAGGCCGGGAGGAAUGUGCUCCCGCGGGCCCGCAAGGCCCUCCGGGGCUGGAGGAGGCUCGAGCCGGGCAGGACCAGGCCGCCGAUCCCGCUGCACCUGCUCGCGCUGCUGUGGCUCGAGAUGAUCCACAUGGGGUCCCCUCUCAUGGCUCUGGCGCUGGCCACGAUGUGGGUCGCAUACCUGCGGCCAGGGGAGGCCAUGAGGUUGAAGGAGAAGGCCCUAGUCUCCCCGCCGCGCACUUCGGCUUCGGCCCUGUGGAGUCUGCACAUGCACGAGGAGCUGGAUCAGCACCCUUCCAAGGUCAACCUCUUCGAGGAGAGCCUGGUGCUGGACUCGGCCGACCUCCCAUGGCUGGGAGACCUGCUGGCAGGACUCAGGAAGGGGCAACCAGACAGGCUGUUCUUCGAGUUCAAGUACCCGCUCCUCGGCCAGGCUAUGUUGGGAGCGGCCAAGAAGGUCGGUCUGGAGAAGCUCAAGAUCACCGCUUGCCACAUGAGGCACUCCGGCCCCAGCCACGACAUCCUGUUCAAGAGAAGAUCGUUGGCAAGCGUCAAGGCGCGGGGUCGGUGGCUCUCCGAUCGCACGGUGAGGCGGUACGAAGCCCACGGGCGCCUCCUCCAACAACAGGCAAAGGUCUCGGACGACACGAACAUGAAAGGUGCCCUGGCUUUAGACAAGUUGAAGGACGCAUUCCACACCUCUUUGUUCCCACGGGCCGCCGCCUCGUCCAGGGGUGCCGGGCCGUCGAGGUCUUCUCAGGCUGUGGGAGGCUCUCGCAAGCUCUCGCCUGCGCCGGUGUCCCAGCAGAGGCCUGGGACAUCGAGCAAGGCGAGGCGGCUGAUUUUUUGA